AGCUUUUGUGCCAAAAACCAAGUCCACUAGAUCACAGCUAAUAAAAUUCUCUAAGACAGGCACAAGCACAAAUAAAUAGGAAAGUAGUUCUUUUUUACCAUGUGAUCUCUGAUAAAAGCAUGUGUAAACCUACUUUUGCUUCAGAUCUUGGCUCAUCUUUUUGGGGAAUGGCUUUGAUACUUGCGUCAACAAAUCUCAUAACUGCAAGAAUAGCUGCUGGUUGUUUGGCUCUUGCUCUGUUUAUUGUGCUUUUUAUUGCUAAAAACUGGACAUUACGAGGACUUUGUAUUGGGUUCAUAAUUUUUCUAGCCAUAAUUUGGCUUUUACAAGAGACAACUACAGUUCGCAUUCUCCGUUAUGUCAUUCUCUUUAUUGGUGUGAUGAAUAGUCUCUUUUCAGUUUAUGAUAUUUAUGAUGAUCUAAUAUCUCGGAGGGUACACUCAAGUGAUGCUGAGAAGUUUGCUGAAAUUUGCCCUUGCCCCUGUAAUGGUGUUGGCUGGGGAGUCAUCUGGGGACUGAUUUCAUUUGUCUUUCUUUGUGCAUCCAUGUAUCUUGGACUUGUCAUCUUAUCUUGAGGUUAAGAGAUGGUUUCAAAUUCUUAUUGGAAUUGAAGAGAGCAUCAGGUUUCACUUAUUUUUGAUAUGUUGUAAAUUACACUACAACUUGAUCAUUCUUUUAACCCCUCUUAUUUGGGGUUACAUCAUAUUGAUGAGUAGAUUGUAUAGGCAACGGAGAUAGGAGUUUGAUUGGAUUAAAUACUGAUAGAGUUCAAUUGAUUUUAAACUGGAUCCUAUUAUAUAUAUGCAUUUGAAUGAUUUCUACAGUGUUAAACUA